AUGACAUCAGCAUCAACAAGACUGUUUCUGUUUGUGCUGGUGUGCCUCCUCUUCACUGGGCGCGCGUCCGCCUUUGGAGCUGGAGAGGUCGCUGGCGCUAGCGAAUUCAAUGGCUACGUGUGGCGGCACGGCGACAUCGUAGAGGCACUUCGCUACAUCCCGGCCAGUUUCGUCACGCAUUAUCGUUUCUCGACCCUCGAACGACGACAAAUCUACUUUGGCAACUGGCUUCGCGACUUUUCUCAAAUUAUCGACACGACAGGCCUUGAAAAUGUCCCCGAGCCGGUGCUUCGGGCCAUUGUGAGCAUCCUGGGCUUUCUCGAAUUCGGCUUCGCCACCGACGAGUUUGAGGUGACGCGCGAACGGCUGGGAUGUUACAAGCAUGUGGAACACAUUGACAAUCCCAAGGGCUAUCCAGAAAACGCAAAGGAGGUUGAUGAGAGGCUGAGAGGGCCGUUGGAUCAGCGGGAGCUGGAGUUUGACCCAAAGACCGGCAUGAAGAAUUAUAUUGCCAACUCAGGCAAGGGCUGGGACACCUCUGCCGACUACGUGACGAUACAACUUCGCGAGUGCAUCAGGCUGGGACGAGAAAAAGAUGCAAAAUCCAAGAAGGAGGCCUUUAUCCACCUCGGUGCUGCGCUACACACACUCGAGGACUUCUCGGCGCACAGCAACUUCACCGAACUCUGUCUGCACGAGCUUGGGGAGGGUGACGUCUUUGCAUUUGUUGGCGAUGCAUGCCGUGUCAAGGCACCAGGAUGGAGAGGUCGAAUGGUACCACCCAUUGUGACUGGAACCUUUGGGAUGCUUGAUAUCUUCCACAGUCUCCUAGGCGAGGCCGAUGAUAUGGCCGUGCUACAAUGCAAGGGAUCACUACAGAACCUUGAAAAUGAGAUGAAUAUCGGAGAAAUCGCAUUCCAGCAUCUGUACGACUUGCUCAAAGCUGCCAUUCAGGCAUUGAGCAAAUUGGCGGCCAAUGCCACCAUCAGUGACCCAAUUCUAAAACAGCUGGAAACUGUUGGUGUGCUUUUCCAAAAGGCUGAGGAAUCUGCCAAGGCAGACAAGGAAAGCCGGACUGCCGAGAGUAAUCUCGACGCCGACCAACUCUGGCAGUCGAUUGAGCCAAUCUUCUACCUUCACGAUCGCAUCAAGAAAUGGAUACAAGAGCGCACUGAGCAACACGACGCCGAACCCCUUUCGGAAGAGUCAAGCACGCAACUGGGCAAAUACACGGAUCAGCUCGUCUUCAAGUACCUCUCCCUCAUGAUUGAGAGCUCCAUCAUGCAGUUGCGCAAUGCUCUGAAGGCUGCUAAGGAACGGGUCGAUGCAGAAGCUGCAAAGUCCACUUCGGCUGAGAUAUAUGAAGACGGGGAUGCGUCUGACCCUAGUCACUCGGACAUCUCAAAAGAUCACUUCAGCAACGUUCUCAACCAGCCAGCCGGCCUCGUGUCGACAGUCACCACCAAUUGGACGACACAGCAAGUUGUCAAGUGUUGGGACGACCCUUUUAGAGACGAAGAAGAAGUCAUUCGCCAGAUUUUGACCAUUUUGCAUCACCCCGCCUUUCCCGGUCGAAAGAAGACGCCAAUCCAAAAAUACAUGUUCAACGCCGUGGAGGAGUGGUGGCAUCACAAUACAGCCGAAGAAAAGACCAAGCUCCGGGGGAUGUUGACAAAAGAGAGCGUCAGAGGCCGCCAACACGAGAAUCAUUCACUGACGCUGAAGGACCUGGAGGGGAAGAAGAAAGGCGUCGCUGUAUUUCCUGGCUCGAGGCCUAAGCUCAGACAGAGGCCGGCGAAGCCGUCCCCGCUGACAUGGGCUAUCGUUGAAGCCAAAAGCGACGCGAAGUGGAUGUUUGGCGCCGUCAAAAGAGGUGCGAGGGACCCUGUUGCAGCCGUUUCUUUCAUCGUAGGUGGGUUAUACAUACUCUUUGCCCAGAUCAUUUUGGCCGUGCUUGGCGUCUUUGGCAAGUCAACUAAACCGUCGCGAGCAUGA